AUGGCCACAGACAAGAAAGUCAUCGCAUUCGACCUCUAUGGAACCUUGCUUUCUACAGAAUCCAUUGCAAAACAGCUUGAAUCACAAUUCCCCAACAAGGCGCAGUCCAUUUCUAGCUUAUGGCGCCGGUAUCAGCUCGAAUACACCUGGCGUUUGAACAGCAUGGGAAUCUACGAGCCCUUCUCAGACAUCACCCGUAACGCCCUGCAGCACGCCCUCGCCGAACACGAGGAGUCCCUUCCCAACGACGCCAUCGCCUCCCUAAUGAAAGCCUACGAUAAUCUCUCAACCUUCCCAGACGUCCAGCCAGUAUUGAUGAAGCUAUCCCAGAUCUCGACCUUAACUGCCGUCGUUUUCUCCAACGGCACCCUGUCCAUGGUCUCAAAUUCCGUGAACAGCUCGCCCCAUCUUUCGCCGCACGCAUCUGUCUUCAAGGACAUCAUCUCGGUCGAGAGCAUAAAGGCGUACAAACCUGCCCCGGCAGUCUACCAUCACUUGGUCGCGAAAACAGGAAAGUCGUCGGCCCAGAAGGGCGAUAUCUACCUUGUUAGUGGAAACCCUUUUGAUAUCAUGGGGGCGCGCAGUGUUGGGCUCAAUGCAAUUUGGGUUGAUCGCGGUGGGAGGGGUUGGGCGGACGCUGCAGUUCCACAGCUGAGGCCGACUGCGGUGGUGAGGAAUUUGGAGGAGAUUGUGGAGGUUGUCCAGGACACAUGA